AUGCUAGAAAACAAGAGCUUAUCUGCUUGUCCAGGGAAAGGAAAGAGAAAGCUAGAGGAAGGGGAACCCAGCAAGGAGGAGGCGACCUCUACUAAAAAAAGUAAGAGUGCCACUGGGAUGAAAGCCCAUGAAGAAAAGAAUGACAUAGAGGAAACUAGAAAAAAUGGCACUGAAAUGGAUACAGAUGAGUCAGAGGGUGAGGACACUUGGAAAGAUGAGGAUGUGGGUGUAGAGGAUGAAGAAGGUGAGAACAAGUUCGACAAUGAUAGCCCAAUUCACAGUGUUAUCCUUGGCAACAACAACAACCAACCUAUCGUGGAUGUGGAUGACAAGGAUAAUAAGGAAAAAGAUUUGAAUUCUGAGAGGGAGAAGAACAAGGAACCUAAGAAGGAGAUGGCUAAGGAUAGUUUAAGUGAGGAUAAGGAAAGCGUUGGAAAAGGGUUAUUCUUGGAUAACCUCAAAAAACUCACUAAAGGUACAUUGGAUUAUGAUAGAUGGACAUAUGAACUUUUGAAGAACAUGGAAAAAAAUGGGAAAUAG